UUUGCUUAUCAAUCAGACAAUCACUCACCCGCUCAAUCAGGAAAUUGCAAAAAUGUUUAAAAAACCAGCCAAGGGAAAGACAGUUGCAACCUCAAAGUCAACCCCUUUGCCUCAAACUACAUCAAAUGCUAUCAUUUCUAGGGAUGGUUCACAAUCACAAAGUGUUCAAGCUUCAGCAAUUGGCUCAACAGAACCAGAAGAAAACCCAACUGAUGAUAACAUCAACAUGCCAAGCUCUCAUACAGGUGGCUCAGGUGAUGAAGAUAGAGAAGCUGGUGAGGAUCCACUGAUAACUGCUCUGAAGAAAAAGCUUAGAUCAACAAGGUCACCAGUGUGGGAUGAAUUUGAAAGGGACUGUAAAGUAAGAUACAACAGUAAAAAGAAUGCGAGGGAAGCUGUUGUACUAGGUACAUGCCAUCAUUGCAAGAAGAUAGUUGAUGCUGGUAGUCUCAGUGGUACUACAAGGUUGUCUAAUCAUCUAAAGAUUUGCCGAGACAGACCACAGAACAAGGCUGGACAACAACAGAUUGCUACUUCACUGAAAACAGCAGGUGGUAGAGUGCUUACAACACACAGAGCUUCAUUAGAUCCAGAGGUUGUUGAAGCAUUGUUAUGCUUAAGCGAUUGGUUGCCAGAUUUCAUUUGUGAUGAAGAUAUGGAAAUUUUGGAAACCGAAGACGAAUGAAGACAAG